CUUUUUGGCCUUACUGUUAACUAAAAUUAAAGAUGUAGACUACAUGCUACAUCAUGAAGUUUUUCAUGAUUUUAGCGCUGUUCCACGUCGUCCUACCUACAUCAAGACGAAGAAAAUAAGUUGCUCUAUAUUGUUAGAUCCCACUAUUAGCCGAGUUGUAUUAGGACAGCACUUACAAUGUUUGCACCUAUAUUUUCCCGGAAAAAGCCGAGACAAGGUGUUUUGGCAUCACCACUUCACCAGGAAUUAGCAGCAGGUAACCAGAAUGUUGCAUCGAGGAGUCACAUCGGAUUUGGCGAUGGAGACGCACAAUACUCAAACCAAUCAUACAGUUAUGCUCCUCAAGAUCAUGCAGGUGAAAUGGGGAGAAGAUGUGAUGGAAACCAGCAAACCAGCAGUUGCAAUUCAUGGCAACAAAGAGCAGACUGUGCCAAGGGCUAUAUGCCACAGACAGGCUAUGCCACAGGAGGACCAACCAAGAUUCAAGUUGUUCCCUACAGCAAUCAAGGAAAAGAAAAACAGAACAGUAUCAUGACCAGUCAUUCUGGUGGCCAGAACUUUCAGUUCAAGAGGACAACGAAUAAUAACAAAAGGUUGCAUCCUAAUGGAGAUAAUCAAAGCACAGCAGGAAUUCCUCCCAGCCAAGCUGGUCCAACCAGACCACCGAAGCUAAUGAGUGUUUCAAAUCAACUGAAGAGUAUUGUUGCUACUCCACAGCAGAAUAAACAAUGGUCACAGAAAGCUGCAGGAAAUUACAACAACAAUGCUCCCUGGAGCUUUGCUGCUGGGGUUGGUCAAAAAAAUAAUCCUAAGCCUACACAAAAUAACUCCAGAUCCUGUGGACAGGCUGCUUCCACAUCUUGGAAUGGUGGAGGGGCUAAUUCUGAGCCUGUUUCCUGGGGCAAACCUGUCAAUCAAGAAUUUGAUUUGCUUGCACAGUCACAGCCACAUCCCCAUCAGAGUGUUUCAGAGCCUGAUCCACCGCAUGCAAACAAUUUCAAAGAUCAUUCAAAAGAAAGCAAAGCUUCACCUGAGACCGGCAUAAGGAUUUUCCCCAUUUCCGUUUCAACCUUGAUGCUCAGGGGGAAAGGCUUCCACCAUCUGCCUGUAAUGUUUGAAAUCAUUGGGCAGUUAGAUUCAGCUAUUUCUAGAGACGAUAAGACUGGCAAGAAGAACUUUCAGUUGAGAGAUGAAUCAGGUGCUGUCAGGAGUUCAUUCUUUGAAAUAGACCGUCCCCUGCCAAGAUUGACGAGAGGAAGGUGGCACAGAUGUAUUGGCCAUUACGACACUUCCUGUCAGUCAUUAAAGUGUGUAUCCAUACGACCAGCUCAGGAAUCAGAGUGUCGUGCAAGGAAAACAGCCACCCAGCAGAUUGAAAGUAUUGUCAAUAAAUUGUCGGCAGAUUUGAGGGAAACUUAAACAGGCUUGAACAAUGUGUUUCUAAACUGAGGCAGUCAAUUAAACCAGCAGCUGGAGGAAUAGCUGGAGAACAGUCAAUUCAUAAAUUGAUUAAUCCAGGCUGUCAACUCGGCAGCGAUACUGUGAUAUGCAACUCCUGUCUUCCUUAACAAGACAUUUGCUAAUCUAGUCAUUAUUUAAAAGUGAUAGUUUCUAUACCAAGUUUAUAUUGUCUCAAUGCAUCAGAUAGUUUGAGGGCACAACUAAUUGAAGUUCUGUUGUCCUUUCCACAAAAAAAUGGCACUGGACACAAGUGCUAUUUUUUGUCCAAUAGAUAAUAGUUCCCCUUUCUGUGCAUAGUCAUCAACCGGUAAGAUGAAGUAGACCAGUGAGGUUCUGCUUAUUGUUAAAUGUUGGCACUUUAUUUUUUUAGUUCGUAUUAGAAAUAUUGAGAAAGUUUAUUAGUUUUUAAUUAAAAACAUAGCAAAUAAA